AUGCUGGGGAAGCCAUUGUGGUUCGACCAAUCCACUAGAUUAGGUCGUAGACUGGGAUACCCAAAAGUGUGUGUUGAAAUGAAUGUGGAUUAUGCCUUUCUCGCCUCCCUAAAACUGGUGCCAGAUAAGAGAUUUCCCUUGACUGUGAAUCUAGAAUACUGUCAUAGGCCUGUUAUAUGUGAGAAGUGUAAUGAUUUUGGGCACGAAUGCAAGGUUGCGUUGGUUCAAGAGGUGAAUCAAGAGGAGGAAGUUGAGACACAACCUACUAAGGCUAGCAUAGUGCAGAAGGCAAAUGAGGGUACUACUGUGAUCGCCCCUGUCACUGCAACAACUAUUGUUUCUCCGGAGGAAAUAGGUCUUCAACAGGUAGUUGAAAACCUCGUCACAUCAAUUACGGAGGGCAAUUCGUCGGGUUGGGGCCAACUGUCGUCUGACAAGAAAUUCGAGCUGUUGAAAAAGUGGUGA